UCAGAUUGGCGCUCUCUUCUUUAGCGCUAACUGCAGUGUGUAUCUCAGGUCUCGUAAUAUCAGCGUUUUGUCGGAAACGCUCGUCUGUGAUUUACGCAUAAACUGGGGUUCUGGAUAAAAAUGUCUUCUCGGGAUAAGAUGAAUAGGGUUACCGUUGUGAAAGUCAGACUCUCGUGUCUCGCUGUUUAGACGAUCUUCACGUCUGCAUUUCAUCACACGGUCGUGCCUCUGGAGAAUGUAGCUGUGGAGAAGUUGCACUUUCAACAUGGUAAAGCACGCUUGCACAAUGGUGCUAACAGAGAGCAAAAGGCUUGAAUUACCAAGCCUGAAUUUAUUAAAGCCUCAAGCAAGACAUUGAACGACUGCUGCCUGGAAUUUUUUGUCCAUCCCUUCCCCCCAAUAACAUACCUAAACUUCUUUUUUUGCAUUCUUUUACUCUGACCACUUCUGGAAAGCAUCUACUCUUUCCAAGAUCCCUGCUGAGAAUUUUUCCUUCUCACUCAAAUUUUUUUGCCUUUUUGCAAUCCCUGUGUUCUAAUAUUACAGAAACCCAAUUAACUCUGUUAAUCAUGAGAAAACAAACCUGCAACGUUCUUCUCGUCUGUGUGAUCAUCAGCUCCAUCACAGUAUUUUAUCUCGGCAUGAGCGCAAUCGAAUGUCCGAAUUUCCGUUCCGGAAGUGCACAGCACACAUGGUCUGCAAAUCUACAUGCUGGUAGAAACCUUAGCGACCCCUCACAACUCCCGGAGGAGUACAAUGAGGAAACGCCUCUCAUUUUUGUCGGUGGCGUCCCUCGUAGUGGCACCACCCUUAUGCGGGCUAUGUUGGAUGCCCACCCUCUCGUGCGUUGCGGAGAGGAGACCCGCGUCAUCCCCCGGUUGUUAGCCAUGCAGGCCACCUGGAGUCACUCGGCACGCGAGCGGCUCCGACUCGAUGAAGCUGGUGUCACCGAUGAGGUCCUGGACUCUGCUGUUCGUGCCUUCCUGUUGGAGAUCAUAGUGGGGCAUGGUGAACCCGCUCCAAGGCUCUGCAAUAAGGACCCAUUUGCCCUGAAGUCCCUCUCCUACCUAUCCAAGCUCUUUCCAAGGGCUAAGUUCAUCCUUAUGCUCCGGGACGGCAGGGCCACCGUGCACUCUAUGAUUUCCCGCAAGGUGACCAUUACUGGAUUCGACCUGACAAGUUACAGGGACUGUCUGGUGAAGUGGAACCGAGCAGUGGAGGUGAUGUAUGACCAGUGCCUGGCUGCAGCGCACGGGAACUGUCUUCCUGUCCACUAUGAGCAGCUGGUGCUGUACCCGGAUAAAGUGAUGGGCAAGCUCCUACAAUUUUUGGAUCUGCCGUGGGACUCCUCUGUGCUACACCACGAACAGCUUAUUGGGAAAGCUGGUGGAGUUUCACUGUCAAAGGUUGAACUGUCAACAGACCAAGUAGUCAAACCAGUGAAUACAGAGGCUUUGUCUAAGUGGGUGGGCAAGAUUCCUGCUGAUGUGGUGUCUGACAUGGCCAGUCUUGCCCCGAUGCUAAGUCGACUGGGUUAUGACCCUUUGGCCAACCCCCCAAACUACAACAAGCCUGGUCUCUUAUUCCUUAAUAAUAAUAAUACAAGAAUUGUGAGGUUAAACUAAAAUCGAAAGCAAAUUUCAAAUUUUUGUUCCUGUUUGGGGAUAAAAAUACAUUGAAGCAAUAAAAAUUAGCAUUUUUAUGAACACACAAAGACUCUACUUGAAUUAACAAAACAAUGUGGCAAUUAAAAAACAAAUUUAUGAUGGAAAAUAUGAGUACUGGUUGUUUACAUCUAGUUUUGUGCUAUAUUGUAAUUCAUUUUCGAAUUUUUCAACUCAAGUUUUGUAUUGUGCAUUAAUGGUGAUGUUAUUUGCAAGCUUGUGACUGUAAAGCUUUUAUUUUUGUAUGUGUUAAUGUCUGGUUACAAUACAGGAAAUUGUGUUUGUUGAAAGAGGAAGUUAACAGUUGCACAAAAUGACCACUUGUUUGUUUAUUGUAACAAUCUUUAAGCCGUGUAAGGUGUUUUAUUUUGACCUUAUGAAUUGCACACUUUAAAUGUGAUGGAUUUUAAAUGAAUUCUCAUUCAUUCCUUUACCGCUCCGUGACAGAAAAGGUAUUAAGUUAAACGUUAAACCUGUCAAAAUUCUUGUUGUUAUAGAUACUUUUUUCUCAACAGAUAACAAAUAUUUAUUAAAUGUUUGUCAUUUUUAAGAAAA